CAGCGCUUCUCUUCUACAUCCUCGUCUCCAACUUUCGUAGCCAAACCUGCACCUUCCAAAGCACGUCAUCAUGUCCAAAUUCCAGAUACUUCCUUUCCACUUGGCUAUAGCCUGACUGGUGUACAUUGCGGCGUGAAAAAUAAUCCAUCUGUCGUUGAUCUAACAGUUAUACUUUCGACCUCUUUAAAACCUACUUCCGCAGCGGCAUGCUUCACUCGUAACGCAUUCCUUGCUGCCCCGGUGCUCGUCAGCCAGGAUGUACUUGAAAAAAGUGCUGGCCAUGUCCGUGCAAUCGUGACUAACAGUGGAUGUGCCAACGCAGUGACCGGCAAACAAGGUCUGGAAGAUGCUUGGGCCAUGGUCAAGGCCACCGAUGCCCUUCUCCCCAAACGAACCCAGUCAGAGUCUAACAAAGAUAGCCACGAUACAGUCGUAAUGUCGACAGGUGUGAUUGGCCAAAAUCUUCCCAUUUCCAAGAUUCUCUCCGGCAUUUCGUCUCUUGUACCUUCGAGUCUUGGCUCAGAUUUCGCAGCUUGGGAGCGUGCGGCAAAAGCCUUCAUGAGCACUGAUACGUUCCCCAAACUCCGUGCUCGGACUUUCAGCCUGGGCGGACAGACAUUCCGUAUGGCUGGGAUGGACAAGGGCGCUGGCAUGAUACAUCCUAACAUGGGUCCCCCCGCUAACCCCAGCCAACUUCAUGCUACGUUACUGGGUUGUAUCUUGACGGAUGCUGCAGUUUCUCCGCAAGCCCUACAGUCUGCACUCACGUAUGCAGUCGAGCGUUCCUUCAACUCUAUCAGUGUGGAUGGAGAAAUGUCCACGAAUGAUACGAUCGUUGUUCUCGCCAACGGAGCUGCUGCUGGAGAGACUAAGGAGAUUGAGGAGCACGAUCCUCUGUUCCCAGCCUUCCGUAAGGAACUUACGUCCUUCGCCGCUGAGCUAGCUCAGCUUGUGGUUCGUGAUGGUGAAGGCGCAACCAAAUUUGUUACGGUGUCUGUAGAGGGAGCACCGACAUUUACCGAUGCGCAUCGUGUCGCAUCGAAGAUAAGCACAUCAGCACUGGUGAAGACCGCAUUGUAUGGUGAGGAUGCAAAUUGGGGCCGUAUCCUUGCAGCAACUGGCUCUGUUCCUUUGUCCACACCCAUCAACCCCUACCGCGUGAACGUCACCUUUGUUCCGGCAGACAGUACCACUCCACUUCCAGUUUUAGUGCGCGGCGAGCCCGAGCUAGUGGAUGAGGUGCGCGCGAAGGAGAUCUUAAGCCAAGAAGAUUUUGAAAUCAAGGUGGAUCUCGGCCUGGGCAGUGAGAGCGCCCAAUAUUGGACCUGUGACUUCAGCUAUGAGUAUGUACGCAUCAAUGGUGAUUAUAGAAGUUGAAGGAGUCUGCUGUGUUUGUUCUGGUCGA